AUGACACAUUUAAAUACCUCAACUUACUUGACUAAUAUUUACGAAGCAUUCACCAACCUCGACUUCAACGGAUCGUCAAACGAUAGUUUUCAAGCCACAGGUCCUUCCAGUACUGCUUUAUAUAUGGGCGGUAUUGUGAUGCUCGUUGCUUUGUUAUGGGGCUUGUUUGCCAAUAUACUUAUUUUAGCAGUCAUCUUUUCCAAGAGAGAUUUGAGUAACAUUAUUAAUAUUUUCAUCAUUAGUCUCUGCAUCAACGAUAUAAUAAACCUCGGAUUCAAUAACAAUCUUGUGAUGUUAUCGUAUUUUCUGGGAAGAUUUCCUACAGGUAUAUUAGGAUGUGAACUGGCAACGCACUUUACUGUUUUGUUUAUGGGGUCAUCCUUAUGGCAUACAGGGCUUAUUGCAAUACAUCGCCUGAUAGUGGUCGUAUUUAACAACUUCUACAAGAAAAUCUCAAAGAAGGCCUAUACUUGCUUCGUACUUGUAUUUGCAAGAGUUAUUCCCCUCCUAUUUCUAGCACAGCCUUCUCUUGGUCAAAUGGCGUAUUAUGAAGCAAGAUUACUGAGGUGCAUCGUUAAGAAGAACUAUGGUCCGUAUAAUCUUCUCGUCAUUGUAUUUCUUAUGAUCCUCCCAUCCAUCAUUCUUGUUGUCUGUUAUAUAGCUAUUUUUAUCAAGGUUUACCAAUCAUCAAGAGCAUUUAGAGCUUCGCGCCAAAAAGAGUGGCUAAAGCGAGAAAUCAAGAUCACCAAGAUGUUUGGAAUGGUGUUUCUUUUGAUAGUUAUUGCAUACCUGCCUUAUGGAAUAGUGAGAUCCAUCGACAAACAGUUACAAUUAAGUGCCGAUUUCUAUGUGGCGAUUACAGUUUUCUUUGCAAUAGGUAAUUGUUGUAAUCCUAUAGUUUAUGGGGCAAUGGAUAAAUCUAUUCGCCUUGAGUGCUUCAAAAUCUUUCAUCUGACUAAAGACCAAGAGAAGGAAAAUGGAAAUGGUCAUACAAUUAUUGCUCAAACCACUCAAAUGGUCGUCGAUCAAGAAGAUAAUGAAGAAAUUCCUCUUAAUACAUCAACUAAGAACACACAAACCGUGGACAACUUUAUAAAAUGAACUAAUUUGUGAGUGUAAGCGCCUGUGUAACCGUUAGUGACACUCAACCUAAAAAUAUUAUG